UUGAUAACUGCCACAUGAAGACUAAACCAAAUACAUUGUCCUUCUCUCUCUCUCUCCGUUUCCCAACCCCAACACUGUCUUUCUCUCUUGUCUCCAUCUUCAGACAAGAUAAUCUCAAAGAUUUCUUCCCAUCUCUUCCAUUAAAAAACACAGACGAAGAACUAAAAAAAGGAGGAAUCUUCAUAUUCUCUCUCUCUCUCUCUCUCUCUGCAUGUUUGUGAAACACCAAACAAGAAUGUGUCUCCUUCCUCAUUUGCUGUUCUUACUACCCAUUUGGGUUCUGAGUUUCUCGGUUGCUUCAGUUGUUUUCGUCUCUGCUACUUCCCAAGAAAUCCCUAUCUCUCAGGCUACUCCUCGAAUCGGAGGAGCUCAAUCUCCAGGACCUCCCAUUGUUAAAGUGGUGAUUCGCCAGGACCUGAACAAGAAGAUUUUUAUUGCUCUUAUAGUCUCCUCAACACUCCUCUGUAUCACAGUCUUGUUUCUUCUCUACCUCUUGCUAUGGAGGUACCGUAAUCCGAAGAACAGCUUCACUGGUAUCAAGGGAAAGUCCGAUUCUGUGAAGAGUAGUGUUUCCACGAAACCUGUUGUACACAAGAUUGAUUCUGUGACAAAAGGAACCAUCCCUGUCUAUGAAUAUCAGCUGCUGGAGUCUGGUACAAACAAGUUUAGCGAUAGUAAUGUGUUGAGCAGAGGUGGUCGUGGAUGUCUUUACAGCGCUUGUCUUGAUGGAAAGUCUUCUGUCACUGUGAAGAAGCUUGAUGGUGGUGGAGAUACAGACAUUGAAAAACAGUUUGAGAAUGAGGUAGAUUGGUUGGCGAAGAUCAAGCAUCAGAACAUAGUUUCUCUUUUGGGGUUUAGCGUCUAUCGGCAAACGAGAUGCAUUGUGUAUGAGAUGAUGCAGAAUGGAUCUUUGGAGAGUCAGUUGCAUGGACCUAGUCAAGGGGCAGGUUUAACCUGGCAGCUUAGGAUGAAAAUUGCGGUUGAUAUAGCACGAGGAUUAGAGUAUCUUCAUGAGCAUUGCCAUCCUCCGGUAGUUCACAGAGAUUUGAAAUCGUCUAACAUCCUUCUUGACUCUGAUUUCAACGCAAAGAUAUCAGAUUUUGGGUAUGCUACUGUGUUGAUGAGUCAGAACAAGAAUCUGAACAGACCUUCAGAGUAUCUUCUUGAUGGGAAAGUUACAGACAAAAAUGAUGUAUACUCUUUUGGGGUGAUUCUCCUAGAACUUCUCCUGGGGAAGAAAUCAGUGGAGAAACCAUCAACAGAACCAGAAUCAGUAGUCACUUGGGCUGUACCAAAGCUGAGUGACAGAGCUAAUCUUCCAAACAUAUUGGAUCCUGCAAUCAAAGGAACCAUGGAUUUGAAGCAUCUUUAUCAGGUAGCAGCGGUUGCAGUGUUGUGUGUGCAGCCAGAGCCAAGUUACAGACCACUUAUAACCGAUGUGUUGCACUCACUCAUCCCUCUCCUACCACUUGAACUCGGCGGAUCAUUGCGCAUUUUGUAAAAACACAUUUCCCUUUCCUGAUUUGUAAUCUUUACAUUUUGAAUUGUUGUUGUUUGGUUCUUGUGCAAAUUCCAUUUUUAUCUGUUUUUUUCUUGGAUCGUGUCAACUAGUUUGGUUUAAGUACAAUUAAUUU